AUGGUACAACGUCUCUUCUUUACCACGAGAUGGCUGUUCUGUCUGUCUGUAUUCCACACAUCAUUGACGCUAGUGAGGACGGUGUCAGUGCCCACAAAGGAGCCGUAUGGUAUCGAGGCGCAGGCUAAGUUUUUCCAGGAUUUUUUCUCGGUACAGUUGAGUCCAUACAAGAUAGAAUUCGGUCACGUAUGCGAGGAUCCUCACACGUGGGAGCAAAGAUAUGAGAAAAAAGACUUUAAGAACCACAGGGAUAUGGGAAAAGUACGGUGGGGUGAUAAAAAUGGUGGUUAUGGGGAACAUUACUGGGAUUUGAACCACGCUGGUUACACUGACAACCAUGGCGAUGACUAUAAUGGAGAUGAUGGUUCAUAUCAUGAAGAACCAAGCGAUGCUUACAGCGGCCCUGAUGAUACAGGAAGCUAUGACUCUGAAUCGUACUCUGAUGAUUUACCGCAAUAUGAAGAAACAGGAAGAAUUAAGAGGGCACAUUCAAAGACAUCAGAACAAAGCGAAGAUGAUGAUGAUUACGAAGAGCCACCGAGACCGAAACAAAGGAUACGCACCAAAAACAAAAACCGCAGAGAAAGAUACGAAGAAAUACAUGAAGAUGACCAGGCAGAAGACAUAGAACCAACGACUAAAUCACCCAAAAUUAAGAGUGAGAGAAUUAUAGAAGAAGAAGAUACAACUGAGGUCCGAAAAAGUAAGAACAAACAAAAAGAACAUAGACAUGAACGACCUCAGCAGGAAAAGGAGAAGAAUCAUUUCGUUCUUGUCGUUAAUGAGAAGGAGAGGGAAGAAGAACCUGAUAGAACUCGUCAAACAAAACCACAACCAAGUGAACCAAAACGAUUUGUUAAAUAUGAAGACGGCGCUGGAGUGAGGCAGCACACCAGCCCUGAAGCUUUAGCAUCCGCUUCAGCACCAAGACUGUUCCUAGAAACACAAACGGGACACAUUGUAGACAGAAUGACCGGACAGGCAUACGUCUUACAACCUGUAGCAAAUAAAUAUAAUAAGUAA